AUGCAAGACGGCGACGGCCCCUUCGUGUGUAUCAAGCAUCUGUCCCGACUCGUAGAAUCGCAGAUUAACAAAAAGAAGAAUAGGAAAUACUUCUGCGACCGGUGCCUCCACUACUUCUCCUCCAACGAGAAACUGGAGAGACACAGCGAGGACUGCCAAAAGCUCUACACGUGCGCUAUCCGUCUACCGAGCACAGACGACAAAUGGCUAGAGUUCCGCAAGUACUGCAGGAAGGAGCGGGCACCGUUCGUGGUAUACGCCGACCUAGAGUGUGUGCUGAAGAAGACGGAAGACGCUGCUGCUGCUGGGUCGUCGUACGCGUACCAGCGGCACGAAGCGUUCAGUAUCGCGUACUACGUGCACUGCUCGUACGACAGCGCGUUAUCCGAGUACAGAUGUCGGCGGGGCAACGACUGCGUCAGUUGGUUCGCGAGCCAGCCAGAGGCUUUGGCGCACCGCGUGAAAAAUAUAAUAACGACCAACCGGCCCAUGGACUUCACGCGCGACGACUGGCGGAGAUUCGACAGCGCGACGCACUGCCACAUCUGCGAGAGGCCGUUCGCCCCGGGUGACGAGCGGGCGCGCGACCACUGUCACCUUACCGGGCGAUACCGCGGUCCGGCGCACAAGGGCUGCAACAUGAACUACAAGGACUCUCCGUACAUUCCGGUUGUAUUUCACAACCUGUCGGGGUACGACGCGCACUUCGUCGUACAGGAAAUAGCGACGCGAUUCCAGGGACAGGUGGAUCUACUUCCCCUGACCAAGGAGAAGUACAUCUCCUUUACGAAACACGUCAAAGACACCAGUGACACCAGUGACAAAGAUUCGCGAAAGUGCGUGAAACUACGGUUCAUAGACUCGUAUAAGUUUCUGAGUGCGGGUCUGGACAAAUUGGCGUCGUACCUCGACAAGGACAAACUGAAAAUCGUGCGUUCCGAAUUUUCAGCUCUAUCGGACGAAGACUUCGAUUUGCUCACUCAUAAAGGUGUGUUCCCCUACGAGUACGUGGACAACGUAGAGAGACUGAACGAUACGCUCUUGCCGCCACGCGAAUCGUUCCACAGCUCGCUGACGGGCGAUACAGUGUCCGAGAGCGAUUACGCGCACGCCGAGAACGUGUGGCAGCGGUUCUCCGUGCGAACGCUCGGCGAGUAUAGUGAUCUCUACUUAAAAACUGACGUCCUGUUGUUGGCCGAUGUGUUUGAGAACUUUCGAGACAGUUGCGUCGCGAGUUACGGACUCGAUCCCGCGCAUUAUUACACCCUGCCCGGUUUCACGUGGGACGCGAUGCUUAAACACACGCGCGUGAAAUUUGAGUUACUCACAGACAUAGAUAUGGUGAUGUUCGUCGAGCGCGGCAUACGCGGAGGUCUCAGCCAGUGUUCUGGCAGAUACGCGCGGGCCAAUAAUAAGUACAUGCAGGUGUACGACCCGUCGGAACCGUCGUCGUACCUCAUGUAUUACGACGUCAACAACCUGUACGGCUGGGCGAUGUGUCAACCGUUGCCCUACGCCGACUUUGCAUGGGUCGACGACGCGCAGAAUUUCGACUAUACUGCCGUCGCGUUGGAUUCGCCCACCGGGUACAUCCUCGAGGUGGAUCUCGAGUAUCCGCGGCGUCUCCACGACGCGCACGCCGACCUGCCGUUCUACCCGACGCGCGCGAAGCCGCCCGGCAAGCGCGACUACAAGCUUCUCGCGACGGUAAGCGACAAGCAGCGGUACGUCGUCCACUACCGCAACCUGCAACAGUGCACGCGUCACGGCCUUUGCGUAACGAAGAUCUAUCGCGUGUUGCGAUUCGCGCAAUCCGCCUGGCUCCGCGACUACAUCGAACUCAACACGCAGUUUCGAACGCGCGCGAAAAACGAUUUCGAGAAAAACCUGUACAAACUGAUGAACAACGCGGUGUUCGGCAAGACGAUGGAGAACGUGCGCGAACGCGUCGACGUUAAAUUGGAGACGACGUGGGAAGGACGGUACGGCGCGGAGGCGUUGAUCGCGAAACCUAACUUUCACAGCCGCAGCGUCUUCGCGGAAAACCUGAUAGCGGUCGAAUUGCGGAAACUAGAGAUGAAAUUCGGCAAGCCGAUCUACGUGGGUAUGUACAUCCUGGACAUAUCGAAAACGUGCUUGUACGAGUUUCACCACGAGUACAUGACGCCGCUGUUUCGCGAUAGAUGCAAGAUCGUGUACACCGACACGGACAGUCUGAUCUACCAUGUAGAGUGCGACGACGUGUACGAAAUCAUGAAACGCGACAUCGACAGAUUCGACACGAGCGACUAUCCCGCGAACAACGCGUACGGUAUGCCUCUCGCGAACAAGAAGGUGCCCGGCCUCAUGAAGGACGAGAACAACGGCGCCAUCAUGACCGAGUUCGUCGAACUCAGAGCGAAGAUGUACGCGCUGCGCGUCGAUGGAAAGAGGGACACGAAGAAGGCGAAGGGGGUGAAGAGCAGCGUCGUAGCGCGGACGAUAUCGGUCGAGGAUUACACCCGGUGUCUGAAGGAGGACAUCGAAAUGACGCGCAGGCAGGUGUGCAUACGAUCCAAGUUACACCGGGUGUACACGGUGUCGGAGAAGAAGAUCGCUCUGAGUCCGUACGACGACAAACGGUACGUCGUACCGGACUCGACGAACACGCUACCGUGGGGGCAUUACCGGAUAGUGUAG